GUUCGAUCUACGACUUUGUUUAGAAAUCCAAUAAAAAAUUUAUUCAUUAGGAAACUUAUAUUAUUAUAUUAACACGUAUAAAUUUCAUAGAUACACGUGUUCGACAGUAAGAUAAUAACAAUUUUUUUUACAGUUAUCGCUAUAUCACACAUAGAUUAUAAAAUACAGCGAUGUAACACCUCGUCUACAUUGCGACUUUAAUUAUUAUCGAUUAGAAGUAUUAUCGAUAUGCUGUACGACGAUUCAACUGUAGAUUUGUGAAGAAGCAAGCAUAUAAGUGUGUUUACAUUUUUUUACGAACAAUCAGUCUAGUGUCGUUUGACGUAGGAACGAAAACCGUGGUCAUUUCGGCUCGGUUCGAGCAUUUAGUAUUCGUGGUUCAGUGUAUCAAGACGUUAACAAUUCAACCAGAAUAUGUUGUGCUGUAUCGGACUAGCGUUAGCCACAAGGAUCAUCAGUACCUAUACUAUGUCAUUGUCCAUACUUACGAUAAACUUGUUGAUGAGCAACUAUUUCUCAAGGGAAACAGACGAAGAAUUUUUCAAUUCUAUUAGAAAUUGGAGCAUAGUUGGUUUAAAUUGGUUGCAAAUUUUAAAAAACUUUCAAGUGAAAAAUAAAGCGCAAACAACCGUGGUGUUCUUCCUCAUGUACACGAUGUCAUUUCUAUCGGCCAGUGCGUAUCUCGCCUUUGGAUCAAUUUCCAGGAAACCUAAGUGCGCCGUGCCUUGGAUGUAUUUGCAAAUAAUUAGCAUAAUAGAUCAGUCUGUGGCGCUGUCUAUUCAUCUGACGCACGAACCACAAUACGAUGUUUACGAUAAAUCAAUAUGGUACAUUCCACUGUCCAGUAUCUAUCUACUGUUUUCUGCAUACAUGUGGAUGGUCGUGUAUACUGCUCGGAAAGAAUGGAUCGAGAAGCAGCAGAAUCGUACAGAGUUACCAACAACGAUAGCCACAUCGAUGACGCAAUCGAACAAUAGCGACGAACCAAAAUCGCCAUCGUUUCUGUCGCAGAAUUUCUCGAUGUUCGAUUCGCCAAGACAUCUUCAAUUUUAUCCAAACAGCUAAUGCAAUUUCGAGACUCUUUGGAUUUUAUUUCUGUGCUGCACAUUACUACCUUGUUGUUUGCGACAAGAAGAUAAAUAUCCAGGCAUGCGAAGAGAGAGAUGAAUCAAGCUCAAAGACGUCGUCAAUCCAAAUGAUUAUCGAUAACGAAAUAUAUCCUCAACGUAUAAAUUGACGCCAGAGGAAACUUUCGUAAGCUCUCCGUUGAACGAUACGGCUGCGAAACAUGAAAGACAGACACAUUGGAGUACGCGACGUGGUUGGUUGGUGGUGCUUUUAAAAAGAACUGAGCGAACCAAUUUGUAGGCUGUCGCAAACUUUUAAAACACUAGUUGACAGCCAGUCCGCCCCCUCGCAACUUGUACACCCUCCUCGACACUCGUCCAACCAUCCAGAAGGAUUCCAACUACCGCUCGACGUCUCUCUCUCUCUCUCUCUCUCUCUCUCUCUCUCUCUCUCUCUCUCUCUCUCUCUCGUCUUUCGACUGGAGUAGCUACCAGUAGACUGCGAAACUCACCCCUCCGUGUCGUGGAAGCCGAUGGAUUGUAAAAUAAAACUAACUUGGCUCUUUCGUGGAUCGAGAACGGAGUACCAGCGAAACCUUAUUCCCUCGGGUCUCUUUUAUUUUCGCGUACCUACCUCUUUUUUUUUACUAACCGGGGUUACAAUCACGGGAAAGACUUGGACGAAAAACAGAUAUUACGAAAGGACUGUGCUCAUUUGGAAGAGUAACAAAAUCUUGAUCUGAGUUUAACUCGAUCGAAGAUUACAUCUGCAGUUGUUGCUUCUUUAAAAUAUUGUAAACUUUUCUAACAAAUUAAUAUAUCAUCGAAUGCCUUGAAUGAAUA